AUCUCCUAACAAAUUUGAACGUGAUUCUUUUUUGAAAAAAAAAAAAAAAACAGAAAAUAAAAUAAAACGACGACUAAAUUAAUUUAAACGACAGUGUAUAGUCUUUCUUUCAUCCAUUAUUUGUUGUUCUAAUUGGUGUACACUGAGAGCCGAGAGAGCUGUUCCAAACAAACAAAUUAAAAAAAAGUUCCGUGUUUAUUGAGUAAAAUUACAAAAAAAAAAAAAUAAAUUUGAAAAAAAAAAUAAAAUCGACAACAACAACAACUGUAGCGAUCUUCAACGAACACCUCAAUAACGCAUUUGGUUUAUAACAAGAAAAGAACCACGCAUUCUUUGAAAUAAAUUUAAAUAAUGCAGUACAGCAGCAGCCGUUCGGAAAAUUAUUCCUCAUCGUUGAGAGAUUCACCACCAAAAUGGACCAGUGGCAAGGAUCAUAAGACGGGAUAUUCUUAUAAAACCUCUGCAGCAUAUCAGUAUUCCAAUGCAGGCUCUGGCAGUGGCUCUUAUCAGGAUAAGCCAGUUGAUAAAAACAUCGAUCAAUUAGAUGCUCUAUUGGAAGAUUUGAAAAAUGAACGGGAAAUAACCAGAGAUAGAGAUCAUUCUAUGAACUAUAGGACCAUUGAACGUUCCGCCAAUGAGGAUCCAUUGACGGGCACGAUUACCAAGACCACCAAAGUUAUUAAGACAAGCAAAAAUGUAAGCGGUGGCUUGGAUGACGCCGACUUGUAUCCAACAUCGGACUACAGUACCCUGAGAUCGAAUGGUACAUUGGUGCGCAAUGACUAUCAGACUUUGGAAAAGCCCUAUGUACCAAGCAAUCUCUCUCCCGGCGGUGGUUUCUAUGAGACCAAACAUCAAACGAAAGUCUAUGAAAGCAAUCGUUCUCUGAACAAACCCGAAUUUGUGCCAGCUGCCAACUCGACAGCCGUCUCGGCCACCACAACCACCAAUGCCACCCUCUUGCAGGAGGACUUGAAAAAUCUCACCGUCAGCGAAGAUAUACUCCCAGUGCCCGGCACCAAGGUCACAACCACAGUACGCACCUACACCUAUGAGAUACCGGCCAAUGCUCCGCUACCUACCUCGAAUACGUUGAGUCGUAAAAUCCAAUACAACACCGUGCAAACGAAUGAAACCAACAAUGUGGUCCAGCCACAUCCAGUUCAUGCCAUACCCCAAACUGUUGUCUAUAACACAGAAAGCUAUUCCACCCUGAACAAGGACAACAAGCCCGUGGUGUCGAAUGUCAACUAUGAAGUAAGGGAACACUAUGAAACGAACACGUUGAGGAACAACACUUUACCUCUGCAACCGCGAAAUCAACAUCCUCAAUCGCCAGCUCUGCCAUCGCCAUCACAUCCCGGAGAGCCUGUUGGCAGCAAUACCAUUGUUUAUAAUAUUCACAAUACCACAACAACAACGAACACCGAAAGGCCUGGCUAUCCACCACACAGUCCCGGCAAUCAAGGGCCACGUAGCCCAGGCCAUGGACCACCACAUCAUCCCCAACCUCAUGGUCCUGGACCACAUGGACCCACAACACAUCACUAUAUUUACAAGGAAUCUACGAACACGGUUAAUACCAUACACGGCGGUCCACCACCACAUGAGCCCAAUCAUCACAGCCCCAAUAAACCUCUGGGUGGUUAUCCACCUAAUGGCAAUGUGGGUUAUCCACCACAUAAUGGUGGCCCCAACUAUCCGCCGGCCAAUGGUCAUCCACCAAAUACUAACAUCACUUACAACUAUUCGUCGACGACCACAAAUACCACACGAGGUGGUCCCAACUAUGGUUCGCCAACGACAACAGUACCCUUCCCCGUUGAUGGGGUGGUUGAGUAUCCUGUGAAAAAUGGUAAUCCCCCUCAACGGGUUGAGGAGCUGAUGCAGUCACUGGGAAAUACCGAUGCCACUGAUAGACCCGAUUUGAAUACACCACGCAAGCGGGAAAUUGAAACUGCCGUGGCCACGCCCAAUCAACAGCAAAUACCCUCGGUGAAUAGAGCCGGACGGGAUAUUUACUAUCCACCAGGUCAUGAAAUGAUGCUGACCAAACGCUCUGAAAUGCAUGCUUCAGGAUCACAAGCUGGCGGUCGUUGGGCCAAGGGUUCCGGCAUGUAUGAAUACGAAUCUGGUUCUAGAUCUAAGACCACUACCAAAUCUGGCGGUGCCAUGGUUCCCGUCUGCUUGCCCCUAUGCUGUGCUAUGCCUUGCUCAAUAAUGUAAUUUUUAUUUUUUACGUUUUUUUUACAAUUCGCAACGAGGAAUGUGCUCUCAACGAAAUCGUUAAGACUUGUGUUCUUCGUUUGAUUUUUUUUUUUUUUUUUUUGAGAAUUUUCAUUUUUCAAAUAAGACAAGCUUUUGGUUGAAUCGUCUUUUUCUGGCCAAAAAGAAACUUGUCUGUGAUUUUUUUAUUUAUGUAAAUAAUAUUAAUUGUUAUGCCUGCUCCAGAUUUUUUUUUUCUAAAUGCUACAAAACAAAAACCAUGUAUUUGAAUAAUAUUUAAUAAUAAUAUUUUGAUUAUGUUUUUUUUUAGUCUUUAUUAACCCUUGAUAUUUUUUUCUGUUGAUGUGUAAAACGAAAAUGCAUAUAAAAUAAUAUUUAAGAAAAAAAAACUCUGUUAGAUAUAAAGGCACACGGGAAGGUCUUUUGCAAAACCCCAAUGGAAGUGGCAAAAAAGAGGGUCUGUUUCUGUGUGGUGAUAGGAAAGUGAAAGCGAAAGAAAAAAAAAUAAAUAAAAUAAAUAAUUUUUUCACAUUUUUUAGUUAAGUUCAAAAAUUGGAGAAUUAUUUUUAUGGUGUUUUACUUUCACAUUCCCCAUACAAAAACGGGCUAUGGAAAUAGGUUUUUAAAAAAAAAAAUAUUUCCCUCAAAAUUUGAAGAAAUGUAGGGAACCUGAACCAAAUCUUUUUCCAUAGAGAUACAGAGCCCAAAGGGAUUAUAAAUUGAAAUUGGGCUCCAUAAUUGAUCCUUCAAUAAUAUCUAUUUUGUACACUUUCCUUGGUGCCUCUAUGUAAUCCCAAAAAUAUUUGCUCAAAAUGAAAGAAACUUUGCUACAAUGAAAAAUUUAUAACUAACAUUAACAGUCUGUUUCUAGGCUUUUCAUAAAGAAACGAAUUCGAGUGUUGUACUACCAUACACCUGAUUUUUAAAAUAAAAAUUUAAAUAUUUUUUAAAAAUGUUUGAUUUUGAAUCGAUCAAAUUACAUUUAAAAAUAAAACACUUGAAUUCGCUUUAACAAU